AUGCAGCACCCUGGAAUGCCUGCAAACAGCCAUCAGAAUGGGUGUGCUGCCCGCCACGCGGGGCCGGCUGUGCACCGAACUUUCCAGAUCAGAACGUUUAGGACGGAGCUGAAGAACCAUGUGAUGGUCAUGGAUUUCGUGAAGAGCAGCUGGUUUCCCUCCCAGAGAAGAGCCAAAGUGUGUAUCAUCCGUAUGUACCACGGCCUGAAGGCAGCCGAACGGACGGCCAGCAGAUAUGAGAUCCACAGUCGGUUCCUCUCAUCCGCUAAAGAUCACUCUGCCUGGGCCAGAGGUGAAGGGCGGGCGAACACAGGAUUACGGGACAACCAGUGCAGUGCAAACAAUCCGAUUGCCCUUAAAAACCUCCAGUCCGAUGGUACAGAGAAGAAAUCUGACUUCACUGAGGAGCCUCUGGCAUCACAAAACACGAAAAUGAUUUCAUCCAUAGUCAUUUCUCAGCUGAUCGAUGAAAAUAAGCCAAAAGAAAAUGGGGCCACCUUGCCGGCGCUGUGCGCGGACGCUCGGCCUCCCGCGUGGUCAGUGAAGCAGUCUCUGGCCACUCGCAGCGGAGUCAGCAUUGACAGGGCCUUCGAGUUCCUCCCCGGCCAGUUAGGGAUUCAGACGCUGGCUGGGGUGCGAGGACCUGAGACGGAGCUGCCCCCCAAGGAGGAGAAGCCAUGCAGCACCCCCCAGAAGGGGUUUGCGUCGAUCACCAUCACAGCCAGGCGUGUGGGACCCCCGGCCGGCACCCUGGUGUGGGGAACUGUGGAUGAGCCACUGUGCAUUAAGUGCAGGGCCCCGGACCCCCUGCUGCGGGACCCCUCUGCUCUGGCCAGCGCUGCUGGUCCAUGUCGGCACCACGGACCUUUUGCCCGCACAGAAUCCUCCAGAAACAGCUCUGUGAUGAGACUGAAGUUCCCGGAGGCCCAUGCACAGCUAUGUGACGGACACCAGUACUGGGUCGCCAACGUGGACCAUGGAGCAGACAGGUUCUCUCCGGUCGCCCCACGGUCGGGAAAGAGCCCGCUGCUCUUCAGCUCCUGCGUCCACCUCAGGGUGUCCCAGCAGUGUCCGAAUGCCAUCUACUAUCUAGACAGGUCCCUCUCAGUCCCCAUCGAGCAGACGCAACUGGCCGGCCCUAAAGUGCACAGAUCCGUCCUGUCACUCAACCUAAAUUGCAGUUCACACAGGCUGACACCAGAUGGGGCAGACGGCACAGCCAACGGAGGGCCAAUCAGCAGCGCCCUGAAGCAGCAGCUCGGGCAGGGAGGCUCUGGCCUCCUGGGCCGCCGCUGGACCCCGGCCGUGCACCCCUCCCUGGGGCGGGUGCACUUGGCACCUGACUCUUGUCCGUGGGGCGGCCCCCCUCCGUUGGAAAGUACAGACUUCGCCCAUGUGGGGACUCGGCAGGUCACCGCAAGGAAAGGGAAGGAAGACCACGCGGCCCCGUGUCACACCAGCGUUCAAGCCAACCAGCUGUCCAUUCACAUUCCUGGCUGGAGCUACAGGGCAGGGGAUUACACGUGCUGCGACUUGGUGGUCCAGAUACAGGGAUGCAAGGACGCGGCCUCCGCCACACCUGGGCCCGAGCCAGCCGCGCCCCAGCCUGCGCCCUCCGAGGGCCCGGAGACCCCCGACCUGCAGGAAGACCGCUCCGAGUGCCAGCAAGUGCCGGCCGGCUCCUCCUUGACCUUGCAGGAAGCUCUGGAGGUCAGGAGGCCCCAGUUCAUCUCUCGCUCGCAAGAACGGCUGAGGAAGCUGGAGCUCAUGGUGCAGCAGAGGCGAGCCCAGCGCGGGGAGAGCCCGGCGCCGAAGCAGGGCCCCGUGCCUGUUCGCGCCAACAAGAAGCAGUUCACUGUUCCCCAUCCGCUCAGUGACAACCUGUUCAAGCCCAAAGAAAGGUGCAUUUCGGAAAAGGAGAUGCGCAUGCGGUCUAAGAGGAUCUACAACAACUUGCCGGAAGUCAGGAAGAAGAAAGAAGAGCAGAAGAAAAGGGUGCUCUUACAGAGUAACAGGCUCCGAGCAGAAGUCUUCAAAAAGCAGUUACUGGACCAGCUCCUGCAGAGGAACGCAGACUAG